UCCAGUUAAAAAGGGUCAGGUAGCAACGGGUGAUGUGAAAAGAGGGACUCUCAAAUGUGGGAAAUGCCUGAAUGGUGCAAAUAAGUCUUCUCUGUUUUAUUUCCCACAGUAAUUUGAAGCCAUCUGCCCCACUGGGGGGAAGGAUCAUAGCAGAACAAUCAUGUCCAAAAAACACCUCUUCCUAGCAGCCUUCCUCCUAUUUCUCUUCCAACUUCCACCAACAACUUCCAGCGACUGCCACCAGCACCACAGAUCCAUCUGCAUGAAGCAGGACACCUUUGUGCCUGGCCACACCAAUAUUGGUCAGGGGGUUGACAUCACCACUCUGGAGAGAAAGGGAGCGUUUGUGGUGGACACCAGCCAAUGGCAGGGUCCCAACGGGAUGUGCAUCCUCUGUCGGAAUCACUUGAUGAAGGGCCAGCUGCAGAAACUCCCUUUAGCUGUUGCGGACUGGCAGGUCGUUCGCUCGUGCCAUCGGCAAGAAAGCAGUUCUGUGGAGCAUUUAGAUGUGGAUGUUGCCAAUGCAAUGGCCACGGAGGUGAAGAAUGACUGGAAAGCAGAUUUGGGAUUGGGCAUAGAGAUGAACAUAGCAGGGCUGGAGCUGCCUAAGAUGCGGGUGGCCUUUGCUGGAUCUCACUCCCGGAUGGCUAUUUAUGCACAUGGGGAAUCCCGUCAGGACAGUUACAGCUUUGUGAGGCAAGAGGUCUCCUGCACACACUACAGGCUGAGACUGCCCCAUAGACCCUCACCGCUGUCCUCUCACUUUGCCCGGCAUGUAGCCGAGCUUCCAAUGAAGAACUCUGAGGAAUACCAGCAUUUUAUCGACAGUUAUGGCACCCACUACAUCAGCCAGGUGGAGCUUGGGGCCCGAGUCCGCCACCUGCUGGCAGUGCAGACAUGCAAGAUGGCCUUGUGGGGGGUUACAGCUUCCAGCAUCCAGGAUUGCUUAAAGUGGGAGUUUUCUUUGGGAAGCAACAGGGUAUUUGGGCCCGCUUCCCAAAAUGCCACGUGUGAAAAGAUCUGGAAGCUCUACAGUCGUGGAAUCUCACAUGAAGCCUAUGCCAAGCGGCACACUGAAGUUGUGGGAGGAGAUAAGCAGAUGGAGAUUCUCUUCUCAAAAGCCAAAGGAACUCAACUCUUCUCGGCAUGGGAAAACAGUGCAAAAGCAAAGCCUGGGCUGGUUUCCUAUUCCCUCCUGCCCUUGCACACGUUGUUGAACCACCAAGACCCAAGGAGGGGUUUGCUGAAGCAAGCCAUUGCGGGUCAUAUAAACCGGAAGGCCCUGAAGAGGGACUGUCCACAACAGUGUCCACGAUGGAGCUCCCAGAGCUCAGCUGAGCGAUGCACCUGCCUUUGUCCGAUGGAUGGCCUCAACAACAUCAUGUGCUGUGCCCGAGAGCGGGGCAGGGCACACCUCACCUUUGUUGUGACCAAGGGAUCCAACCUUUGGGGCGACCGCUUCUCACCCACUGAUGCUUAUGUCAGAGUUGUCUUCCAAGGUCAAGCGCUGAGUACCAGCAUCGUCACAUCUGAUAACCCCAGGUGGGAUGAAACCCUGAGCUUUGGGACUGUCAUGCUGAAGCAUGAAAACCCCUUUCACAUAGAAGUCUGGGACACUGAUGGCUGGGGUGGUGAUGAACUUUUGCAGAGGUGUACCGGCAAGCUGGAAGCCAGGGCUGGUGCUCAAUGGUACAGAUGUUCUCCACAAUAUGGAUACAUCCAGUUUUAUUACUUUCUGGAAUGCGGCCACACAUUGAGUGGCCCCACCUGUCAAGAUUAUGUCCCCCUCCAGCUGCCAACUUCUUAUUUUAACUAGUGUUCCCACCCGCCCAUCCAAACCAGUGCUAUGUCCUUCUAUAUUUUAGGACCUUAUGCUGAAUAGGUGGGGCAGGUGCAUGGAAAAGUAGGAGAAGGGGGCGUAACUGAUGUUUCUUGCUGUACUACAGCUCCCACCACUCCCAGCCAGCAUGGCCUGUGAUUAGUGGUGAUGGGAUUUGUAGUCCAACAAUAGCUGAAAAGCCACUGGUUACCUCCCCUGAGAUAAAUCAAGGGGCAGAGUUGAGACAGAUUCAGAAGGAAUCUGGCAGUUCUGGGACUGGAGCCUAGUUGGUCCACGGGUGGUCACAAGGAGCAAAGAUGCUUUUAUCAGGUGAGCUCUGGCUCUUGAGACACUUCGAUGGCAAC